AUGCUCCCGCACCGCCGGCGCGCGCGAGCCCUAGCGGCCCCCGCCCCCGCGCCGCCCUCGGGCCGCUUCCCCGGCGUCGCUGUCUACCUGGCCGAGCGCAGGAUGGGCCGCAGCCGCCGGGCCUUCCUCACGCGCCUGGCCCGGUCCAAAGGCUUCCGCGUCCUCGACGCCUUCAGCUCUGAGGUGACACACGUGGUGAUGGAGCAGACCUCGGCAGAGGAGGCCAUCUGCUGGCAGGAGCAUGUAGCUACUACUUGUCCAGAUGGCCCCCACCCUGCUCUGCUGGACAUCACCUGGUUCACAGAGAGCAUGGAAGCUGGGCAGCCUGUCCCUGUGGAGUUCCGGCACCGCCUAGAGGUGGCUGAGCCCAGGAAGGGGCCCCUGAGCCCAGAGUGGAUUCCAUCCUAUGCCUGUCAGCGCCCCACGCCUCUCACACAUCACAACACUACCCUCUCGGAGGCCCUGGAUAUACUGGCAGAGGCAGCAGUCUUUGAAGGCAGUGAGGGUCGCUGCCUCUCUUUCCAAAGAGCAUCUGCAGUGCUCAGGGCCCUGCCCUCCCCUGUCACAUCCCUGAGGCAGCUGCAGGGGCUACCCUACUUUGGAGAACAUUCUUCAAGGGUGGUCCGGGAGCUGCUGGAACAUGGGGCAUGUGAGGAGGUGGAGAAAAUUCGCUGCUCAGAGAGGUACCAGACCAUGAAGCUCUUCACCCAGAUCUUUGGGGUGGGGGUGAAGACAGCCAACCGGUGGUACCUUGAAGGGCUUCGAACCCUAGAUGAGCUCCGAGAGCAGCCCCAGAGACUGACCCAGCAGCAGAAAGCAGGACUGCAGCACCACCAGGACCUGAGCACCCCAGUUGGGCGGUCUGAUGCUGAGGCCCUGCAGGAGCUGGUGGAGGCAGCCGUGGGACAGAUCCUGCCUGGGGCCACUGUCACACUCACCGGUGGCUUCCGGAGAGGGAAGAUGCUGGGCCAUGAUGUGGACUUCCUCAUCACCCACCCCGAGCAGGGCCAGGAGGUGGGGCUGCUGCCCAGACUACUGCACCACCUGCAGAGCCAGGGCCUUGUCCUGUAUCACCAGCACCAUCCCAGCCACUUGGGGGACCUCACAUACCUGGCCCAGCAGAAACACACCAUGGAUGCCUUUGAGAGAAGUUUCUGCAUUUUCCGCCUGCCACAACCUCCAGGGGCUGCUGAGGGAGUCCUGGAGUCCUGGAAAGCCGUGAGGGUAGAUCUGGUGGUUGCCCCCAGCAGUCAGUUCCCUUUUGCUCUCCUUGGCUGGACUGGCUCUCAGCUUUUUGAGCGGGAGCUGCGCCGUUUCAGCCGCAAGGAGAAAGGACUAUGUCUGAACAGCCAUGGGCUGUUUGACCCAGAGAAGAAGACAAUUUUCCAUGUUGCUUCUGAGGAAGAUAUCUUCCGACACCUGGGCCUUGAGUACCUUCCCCCUGAGCAGAGAAACGCCUGAUCCUGUGGUGUCCCCACCCCCACUGAUUCAUUUUGCAAAAUUAAUUUAGCCACCAAUGGUGGAGCUCCUGUUUAGCAUACACGAGGCUCUGAGUUCAAACUCCAGCACUGCAUCAUCAUCAUCAUCAUCAUCAUAAUUUACUAUGUUUGUAGGUUAUUUUUCUUGGACUCUGAAUUUUCCAUUGAUCUCUGUGUCAUCUUAUGCUGAUACUAUAGUGUGUGUGCAUCUCUGCCUGUGCAUCUCUUCAUCUGGUGCUCCAGAAUCUGUGGGUCAGAACUGUCACAUCACAUUAUGUUUAGCUGGGCCAAUGUUUCCAUUACUGGUGUGGUCACAAGACAAAAGGUAGCCAAUGACAUCAGGAACACAGCUUCAGACAAGAUGGAUAGGGAGAUGGGAGGCCUGUGUGGGGCUGCUGGGAAAGAUGGGUUCCACCUGUCAGCCUCAGUGGCUUCUUUGGCCUGCAAAAAGUUCUCUCAAAUCUGUAUGUGAGGAUUCUUGGUCUGCAAGGGGCAGAAGGGGUGUGUGUGUGUGUAUGAGGCUUCUUGUGAAAUCAGGCCACACCUACCAAUCACCCUUUGCUGUUACCUGAGGCAUAGCAGGGGGUUAUGUUCUCCGAACCCAAAUGUGGAAGUCCUGGGCUCAACUCCUUGUUGCCUAUCCUGUGGAUUGGCCCAUUUCUGGGUGUUCUGCUAUGUUUUCUAUGCACACGACAAUCCCCAGGACUCCAUCCUAGCCCUAGAGGUGGAGGCCCAUCAGAGCUAUAAAUUCGACUGUCUUUCCC